AUGAAACCUCAGAGAAUACAAUCUCACCAUAUGAACGACUCGUCACUCUAUAACUGCUCCACUACAAGCAGCUUGCCUGCUGCGGUGGGCGACGCCGCCGCCGAAAGGGUGUUCGAGGCCCCUGCGCUUGACGUGAACGUCUCUGCGUACAGCCUCACGGAUCGAGACAUGGCACUGAGCACUCUGAUCGAACCUCAUUUCACUGCCAACACGUAUCGGAAUAUGCCUGUGCAAGCCGGCUCUCGACAGGCAUCAAUCUACCAAGCUGCUCGACUCGAUCGUCGGACAUGUCGGCUCGAAGCAGGACCUAGAACCUCUCCUCCCGCAUCAUCCUACAUGUCCCGAGUCUGGACCCCACGACAGGCCCGGGCUACCCGGGAGCCGGUCGUCGCCCACGGAGAAGCUGCGGGCGAGAUUCUUGACCUUACUCUGCCGACAUCCCAGUGUUCUUCCGCAGAUCCUGCUCAUCUCGACCGUGCAGCUCCCAGGCGCAAGGCGCUUGAUCGUCCUCAUUUUCGCGAGAGACGGCCUGGAUAUCGCGAUAGCACUCCUUUGAUCUGCCCAGGAGCCAUUGGGAUCAGUUUUCCGCUUGUGAAAGAUAAAGAGAGAACUUCAGGAGUGUUUGGGCUGUCUUCCAGCUCGAAUUUACUCUUGAACGAUUCGUUCACGCUCGCGUAUGUAUAGUGGCUUUGCAAGGCUGCGGAAAGGGCAGGCCUAGUAGUAAUCUUGUUUGAGACAAGCGUGGUAUUGGCACUGCUGAGCAAACGUCGAUCAGGGGUUCAAAAGGCGAUAUGAGCCGUCAUUUGUUUACAGAAAUAGAUAAUUGGCAUGAAAUCCGCGGAAU